AAAAUAGACAAGAGACCAUCAAAUGCCUAUCAUUUGAAAACCCAUGAAACAGAUCAAUUCCAUAAAAUCCAGAAGCUUGCACAAAUGUAUGGCCGACAAGUGAAGCAUACAUUUCUCGAUGGAUUAUUUGGUGGACACCUGGUCAGUACAGUCAAAUGUGAAGAGUGUAAAAAUGUAUCACAGAUUUUUGAAGCAUUUCUAGAUUUGUCCUUGCCUGUCAUGGAAGAAAAACCACAACGACCAAACCUCAUACUGAUAGGAAAGAAGAAGGACUCUGUGAGCAUAAGUGAGUCCACAGAAGAUGGUGAUGCCAUGGCUGCUGCUUCUGUGAUGGGUUUAGAUACCUACUCAGAAAAACCCAGCAAAUACCAAGAGAGAAAGAACAAACGCUUGGCAAAGAAGGAUGCAAAGAAAAAGACAAAACUCCAGAAGUCCAAGUCUACGGAACACCAAGAUAGCGGUGGGGGUAAAUGUCAUGAUGAAAGUGCUAGCUUUGACCAGGAUGUUGCCAGUGAAGACAGCAAUAAAAAUGAUAAUGACAAUGAAAACAGCAGCAUAGACAAAGACAGGGUUGAAGAGGAAGCAGCACAACCUCAGCCUGACAGUCAGCAACAAGAGGUAUCUGGAACUACUGCCGCCAGCUACGGGAAGCCAGUUGUAUCAGCUGAGAAGUUCAUUAGUGGUGGUAGAGCUGCAGACAGCUCACCUGAGGGAAGCAAGGAUGGUCUUGGUGGCGAUGACAACGAAGAAAGGGAUGAUCCUUCAGAUGCAGAUAUAGAAGAUAAUAUAGAAAGUGAUAUGUCAAAACUAGAGAUAUCUACAGCUGGGAGCCUCCACCAACCAGCUGCUGAGCAUGUAGACAGCCGCAUCACUGACUCCAACACCACAGCUGACCUGUCCACAACAUACAUCAGUAUGCAAGGAGGUAUAUCCUACACAGUAACAACACACAUCUCAAAUGUGGAAUUCACUGAUUCGGGGCAGGAGUCAAAUAAAGACAGCAUUCUGACAGUUGUGAAAAGACAGGAAAAUAGUAGCACAGUCGGUAGUUCACAGGAAGUACCAACUCAUGGUUUGGCACAGUCAUCUCAGUCGGAGCUGAAUACUUCAGGGGUUGUCGUGAAUGGGGAUAUCCAUGAAAGGGAUUUUGUCCCUCCCAGUGAGGACCAGCAUACUGCUGUAAAUGAGCUCUGUGCUAGAGUUGAAAAACUGAAUGUGUCUGAAAACAGCAUAUCUUGUGAAGUGACUGUGAAUCAUUCGGAUGUAGUUCAUCACAGUAAUAGCAUUUAUAAUGAAGACAAAGUUACUUUGGUUAAUGAAAAUAACACUGAUGUGACAGCAACUGCUUUGGUAGAAACUGCAUGUGAACCUAGAAAAUUUGAUAUAAAGAGAUCCAUCUGCAGUGAGGGCAUCCCUGAAGUUAGUGCCACAUUUAGUGUUAAUUUACAGAGGUCCGGCUCUUUAGACAGGAGUUUAAUUAAUGCAGAAGAAGUGACUAGUUUAUGUAAGUCUAGUCAGGCACACCCCAAGCAUACUGAGAAUGAAAAAGAGCAGGUAGAGGUUCAAAUCUCACUUACAGAGGAGAAACAGAACGAGCAUCACAAUCGACUCAAGACACAGCAGGAGUACAUGAGAGAGGCUCGUAAUUACUCCAUGAGUACAAUGUCUCCAAGGUACCACCCUGCACCCAAGGAAUGCUCCAUACUCUCCUGCUUGAACCAGUUUACUGCUGCAGAGCUGCUCACUGGUUCAAACAAGUUUGGCUGUCGGGAAUGUACCAGAAGACGGCGAAAAAACUCUCACCCAGCCAAAGCUGACAAGAAAGCCAAAGACACCGUCUACUCUAAUGCAAAUAAGCAGUACCUGAUAUUCAGACCACCUGCAGUGCUCACAUUACACCUCAAGCGGUUUGAACAGACAGGCUUGACAUCUCGUAAAGUGAACCGCCAUGUAGACUUCCCGUUGUUGUUAGACUUGGCUCCAUACUGCAGCUCUCUUUGCCAGGGAGUCAAAGAAGGCCAGACGAAAAUACUGUACUCCCUGUAUGGUGUGGUCGAGCACAGUGGUCGACUGACCGGCGGUCACUACACCGCAUACAUCAAAGUACGGCCGGGCAUGAGUCCAUAUACUCAGUUUAUGUACACUCAUCCACUCGGCCCCCACGAUGUCUUGAAUAUGUACCUGACUCGGGUUCUCAAGACAAAGGAGGCGGGCAUGACUCAUGCUGGCACCAGUGACAGACAAGAUACUGGCGAGGUGAUAGACAAGGACAUGGAGGCAAGGGCGGAGACUUUACUUCCUCCUGGGCGGUGGUACCAUAUCAGCGACAGCCGGGUCAACGAAGUAGCAGAGGCCGAGGUCCUCAAAGCUCAGGCCUAUUUGUUGUUUUAUGAAAGGAUUUUCUGA